UUUAAGAUUUUUUAACAAAUAAAAAUAAAUUCAAGAUUCAGUAUCAAAAGGGUCGAAAAAAAAUUAAAACUGUUCAACGCAUUCAGCUAGCAGAAGCAUGGCCGAAAAUUUUCUCAUAAUCUUGCUUCAGUUACUAGUUAUCAUGUGUUCAUCCCAUGGAAGAGAAUUGGGUGGUGGAACCAAAAACAAUAUGAAUCAUCAUAUGAUGAAUAAUCAUCAUGACAUAGACCCUUCUCUAAUGGUGUUCUUGACAAUGAAGGAUUUGAAGGUAGGUCAAAGGAUGCCAAUUUAUUUUCCAAAGAGAGACCCUUCAACUUCACCUAAGCUAUGGCCAAAACAAGAAGCCGAUUCACUUCCUUUCUCGUUGGAAAAACUCCCACAACUCCUCCAACUCUUUGGCUUCGCCCGCGAUUCUGCGCAGGCGAAAGCCAUGGAAGAUACCCUGAGGGAAUGUGAGAGCAAGCCCAUCAAAGGGGAGGUCAAGUUCUGUGCAACUUCCUUAGAUUCCAUGCUUGAUUUCGCUCAAAGCAUUCUGGGAAAAGAUUCCGGGUUUCGAGUACUUUCGACUUCUCACAAGACUAAGUCUAGUGUGGCUUUCCAGAAUUAUACAAUGUUGGAAGACAUUAAAGAGAUGGAAGCUCCGAAGAUGGUGGCUUGUCACACCAUGCCUUACCCUUAUGGUGUUUUCUAUUGCCAUAGCCAGACAACUCAGAACAAGGUUUAUAGUGUGCCACUUGAAGGUGACAAUGGUGAUAAGGUGGAAGCUAUCGUUGUUUGUCAUUUGGAUACUUCGGAAUGGGCUUCUUCUCAUCCUUCAUUUCAAGUUCUUGAUGUUAAGCCUGGAACCUCUUCGGUGUGCCACUUUUUCCCUGCCGAUAAUCUCAUCUUCAUUCCAAAAGUACUUCAAUCCCAUGCUGGAUUUACCUCCAUGUGAUGUUAGCAAUGAAAGUGUGUUUCACUUAAUUUCAUAAUAAAACUUGUCCUUUUAUUAUUAUUAUUAAAUAAAAAGUAAUUCUUAUGUUAA